AUUCAUGUAGCGCACUGUUCAAAUCAUCUUGUAUUGUUUCCCGUGCGGUAAUAACUGUUACCUCUUGGCUCCACUGUUAGGUGUAAGUAAAUUAUGAGCUCCUACUUAGGGGCAAGCUCUCUUUUGUCUCAUGUUGAUAUAGCAGCGUCCAGAGCCCCACAUUAAUGAGAUAUUUCCAGUUAAUUGUUUCAACAAAUUACCGGUAAACUUCUUGGCCAUCUUAAAGAUUUUCUGGUUUUGGGAGUUAUAUUCCCAUAAUAAUUUAGGUGAGGAGAAUUCGGGCGCAUCUGUAUAUGGAUUAAUUCAACAAAUUGAUACCAUUUUAAUUAUUUGUGUCCUGUUGCCAUUUGGCACUUUCUCUUUGUCUUCAUUUUAACAUUUGCAUCAUCCUGCUUAAUCUGGGAGAUUCCAACAGUGGGGUGUACACUACAUCUCGAUUAUGAGUUUUUUAGUUUGUUUAAAGAAACCGCUAAAUUUUACACUAUUGACGUAAAAAAAUCCACACAGUUACGUAAUUUACUUUUCCAACCAACCCUAGCUCAAAAGGAAAUAAAACACCGUAAACUAUGUAGGGUGCUCGAAUUCGAUUGUUAUUUUGUUACACUUCCGUCAUUUAGGGCACAUUGGAUAUGGCACCUGGCUACAUGAAAGCAAUGUAUCCCUAUCAUAAUUCAGUAUAGGUUUGUGUACUUGGCAUUGACUUACAUUAUCUAAGGACGAUUAACAUUACAAAACUUCACCAUCGAAGUAUUCAGAAUGAGGUUCAAACGUCUAAUCUUAUGGUCAGAUGGUAUGUCUUUUAACUACUGUGAUGAUAAUCAGUAGAGAUCCCUGGAAGUGCAUUAUAUCUGUAGUGUCUAGACAUCACCCACUAAUUACUUGUUAAGUGACACAUGUUGUGAACCAAUAAUCGCCACUCUCGUUUGAAUUGGAAUUGUUCCUUUUUAAUGAAGCUUAAUUACAAUUAUCAUCUGAUUCUGCAUUUCCACCUGUAAUAACCUGCUUCUGCCAUACUUCGUUUGUUGCUAUCAUCACAAUAUCGCAAACACGACCAUCAUUUUAAUUUAUUAUAUAUUUAUUAGAUGGGGACGGAGGUGUUUGAGAUUUCAUGUAUUAGUUAACGUAAUACCCUAGAAUUAUCAAGUUUCUGAUUUGUUCGAUUUUCUGUUUGUUUGUAUUAAAAUAUUCCACAGCUGAACUCGACGAAGUUUACAAACUGGGCCAACUAUUGUCACGAAUACUCACUGUUAACUGCUUCAGUCUCUCCAACUGCAUAUAGAAAUGGAGACUUUUGCAUUAUACAUUUCAGAAAGGCUGGGUACGGAUGUUGUGGCUGUUCGUCUACUUUUAUCCAUGUUCAUGGGUUAUCCUAUCGCUUUUAUAUACAACAUGAAGGAAAGCUCGUGGAAAAUUUCCUAUCGACAUCUUUAUUUGUUUACCUGUGGUGUCCUUUUGUUCCUGUGGAAUUUUGGAUUUGAUAUUGUGCAUAUGUUUGUUGGGAUUUUCGCGACACUGUUUGUUAAUUAUUUGUUUAUGCACUCAAGAACUGCCGUCACAUUUGCUUUCGUGUUUAAUAUGGGAUAUUUAAUUAUCGGCUCUCAUAUAUGUAACCGAGGUACCUAUGAUAUAAAUUGGACAACACCGUAUUGUGUUCUUUGUUUGCGAAUGAUUGGACUAUCAUGGGAUUUGUAUGAUGCAUCUAAAACAGAAAGUCAACGUUCGGUUUCUCAACGAAAGUCAGCUUUAUCUAAAUUUCCUGGAGUAUUGGAGACAUUAGCUUUUUCUUUUACUCCAACAGCUUUUCUUACUGGACCCCAGUUUCCCAUGCGACAUUUCCAAGCAUUCAUUGAUGGAUCAUUAAGGCCAGUAGUCCACUUAAGAAAGAGCACAUUUAAACACCGUUUCAUCUAUAAUACCAAGUUCCAUCGGACAUUGAAUCGCUUGGUAUUGGGAUAUUUUGGCGUAAUUGUUUUAUCGAAAUGGUUUGCAAUGUACCCUGCCGAUAAAAUGUUAACUGAUGAGUUUCAAUAUGAAUGGAGUUUCUUUUCACGUCUGCUUUACAUGAUGAUAUUUGGACAGUUAACGUUAUUACGUUAUGUAUCAAUCUGGCUAAUAGCUGAAGGUUCUUGUGUUUUAAUUGGGCUUGGAUGUACUGGUUUUGUUCAUAUUAGAUCUAAAGGAUCUAUUCAACUUCCCGAUUUUAUAACAAAUAAGGAUUCUGACACGGUUACACGUGACGGUCCUGUUUUAAAACGUCGGGAUUCUGCUGUGGAUUGGUCUCUUGUAGAAAACUAUAUCAAAUCCCAUGCAGAACUUUAUGAUCCUGAACAAGUGAUAGUACGUGAAGCUCCUCAUACAGCCUGUGCAAAUAUCUCUUUAAAACGAUAUAUUUUCGCAACAAAUACUGACGAUCUUGUCGCUGGUUUCAACAUCAAUACCAACAGAUGGCUUUUAGAUUAUGUUUAUAAACGCUUACGUUUCUUGGGCAAUAAAAAUUUAUCUCAAGUAAUAUCAUUAUUAUUUUUGGCACUUUGGCAUGGCACAUACAGUGGCUAUUAUGUCAAUUUUGGAAUAGAAUUAUUAGUAGUGACAGUUGAAAAAGAUUUUUUAUCCAUACUGAAGAAUUCAAAAUACAAUCAUUUCUUUUAUAAAACGUUUACUGGACGUGUAAUCAGCAGUGUAUGUGGCAAACUUCAUAUUUAUUUUAUUCUGUCUAGUCCGAUGGUAGCGUUUUAUUUGUUAAAAUUUCAUCUAUGGUUCCCUGCAUUGAAAUCAAUUUAUUUCAUUGGUUUAUGGUAUGUAUUUUGGCCAUUAAUAAGACCAACUGUCAAAUAUCUACUACCACCAUUGCCGAAAUCUCAAUCAGAAAAGUCAUCUCAACUUUCAACAACAAUGAAUGGUGACGUCACUUCCGUCAUUGAUCAGUUAUCAUCAAGAAAACAACAGUGAUACGAUAGCAUAAUAUAAUUGUAUUUAUUUUCUUACCGUGUUCAUUCGAAUAUGUUAAAUAUAUACAUAUAUGUGUACGUAUCUAUGUGAAUACGAAGAUCGAGAAAACAUGAAACUGUGACUUUAUUAUUGUUGACCUGUUGUGCCUUUCUUCUAUCAUGAGUAAAUUAAGAUGACAAAGAAAUAAUAAUGAUUCGUUCGUAUUGUACGAUACUAUAUGAAUUUAUAUGUGUUAGUGUACUGUUCAUCCUAUUAUUUCUCCUCAAUUUACUCACUAAAAGGAUAGAUUGAGCACAUUUAUCUCUAAAUUAUUAUUAGCAAAGAUUUUUUAAAUAAUUAACAACAAUCCAUAUCAACUUUAACAUUUCAAUUUUAUUUUUAUUUAUAUCCGACUAGAUUUUUUCCAUGUGUUUUUCAUUAAGACUAAUUGUCUAUAUUAUUAUAACUAUUGCUGUUAUUAUCAUUGUUAUCUGUUAAAUUUCUUUUUCCUUGAUGAAAUGGAUAUGAUUUACUUUGAAACAACUUGUAACAGACAAUGAAUAGCUUGAAUAAUCAAUCUAUACUGUAGCAGUACUUUUAAGUAUUUUUGCUUCUAUUAUUAUUAUCAUUAUCUUUCUCUAUGCUAUAUAUUUUAGUUUUUAUUUAAGCCUACACUAUGUACUUCUACUUUUGUAUGUAUUUUAUCUUGUUAUUGGGAAUCAUCGAAUUGUUAAUUAGUGUUUUCCUCAAUUCCUUGUCACUUUACUUCUUCCACUUCGUGUCUCUUUCUGUUAUUUCAUUUUUAUCAUUAGCAGAUCUACCUCUAAAUCUACACUUAUUCAUUUUUUCUAUUACAAUGUGAUAUUUUUUAAGAAAACAGUAUCGCUGGCUACCAGUACUAAUCAUAUAAAACAACUUCACGAGUGUAUAGCAAAUUUUUAAUCGAGCGAUGCCUUAUAUAUAUAUAUAUAUACCAGUCGGUUCUGUAUUCCUCCAUGUUUACAUAAUUUUUCCCCUAAAGUAUCAUUUAUUCAUAACUGUUAGUUUUAGCGAAUACCACAGAUAUAUCAGCGAGAAACGUAGGUUAUUUUCCAUAUUUUCAAACUUUCGACACAUUUUGUUUGGUUGAAUUAUUGUAGGAUAAUAUUCUUUCAGCUUUAGUUUUAUACUAUCUUUCUUCUCUGGCCUGUUAUAUUUUGCUUAUUUGGAGGAUUUAAUAUCAUCUAAGUUGUGAAAUUAUCCGAUCAUUUAUAAAUUCAUGUAUGGUAUUUUAUAAAUAUAACGGAAAUCAUCAUU